ACUCUCAAAUAACCAUUAUAAUUACUCACUUCCAAACAUUCGUCUCCUCAUUUUAGUUUUCUUGUUUUUCCACAAUCAAAACACUUAUUACAAGAGCCGUUCGAUCAUUCCGAUCCAAUGGCGGAGCUUCAUCAGCAAUCUCAACAGCACUACGGCCAACCACAGACACAGCCUAGGUCCCACCAAGUGGUGAAGGCUGCAACGGCGGUGACCGCCGGCGGUUCCCUCCUGAUCCUGUCGGGUCUGGUCCUGGCCGCAACGGUCAUCGCUCUGACAAUCGCGACCCCACUGUUUGUGAUAUUCAGUCCUGUUCUGGUGCCAGCUUUAAUCACCGUGGGUUUGAUCAUAACAGGGUUUCUUGCCUCGGGAGGAUUCGGUGUGGCAGCGAUCACCGUGUUAUCGUGGAUAUACAGGUACGUGACAGGUAAGCACCCACUAGGAGCUGACCAGCUUGACCAAGCUCGACACAAGCUAGCCAGCAAGGCUAGGGAGAUGAAGGACAAGGCUGAGCAGUUCGGGCAGCAGCAUCUCACCUCUGGGCAGCAGCAGUCUUAAGAUUCUUCACCACUACUACUUUACUGGGUUCUGAUCGAUGACGUGGCCCUUUUGGGUGCGUCGAUUGUAAGAGUUUUAUGUCAAGAAUAAUAAGUAAAGCUAGCUCAUGUGAAUGUUAAUGUGGAUGGAGGGGAGAGGUUACUUUUUGUUAAUUUAUUUUCUGUUUAUGGUUAAGACUUUUUUCUUUUUUUACUUGUCUUUUUGUGUUGUGGAGUCUGUUUCGUCCUUUUGUAAGAGAAAAUUUAUGUGUUAAAUAUGAACUUUUUUUUUCCCCUA